CAACAGCGUGGAUUUGACCCCACACCGCCGUCUUGCUGAACCGAUAUCGUCUUGGCCCCAAGCGGAAUUAUAACCAAAAUCAGCAUCCUCACUGGUCUGGUUUCUAGGCCUUGUUUUCGUUCACUGAAUAUGGCCAUCAUCGAGAACUGGAUCCCCCCUACGAGGGAAAAUUGGGAGACUCUGCUCUUUCUGUGGAAGUUUUUCCCCAUUCUCCCAUCUGUACAAUGGCUGACUCCAUGGUACCCGAUGGGUAAAACGUCGUACCCGAGCAUCUUCAACGUCCCGGGCCGUCUCGCCUGGUUCCUGAUGGAGAUACCCGGCGCGUCGAUACUGCUCUACCACAUGAGCACGCUGCCGGCCAAGCACGGCAUCGACGACCUCCCCUGGCAGAACAAGGUGCUGGCCGGCCUGUUCGUGAUCCACUACAGCUACCGCGCGGUUCUCUAUCCGCUCAUGGCGCCGUCCAUGGCGCCCAUGAACAUCCUGGUCGCGUCCUCAGCCGUCUUCUUCCAGGUCAUGAACGGCACGUGCCUCGGGGCUUGGCUGGCCGCCUACGGUCCGACCACGCAGGAGCAAUGGGCUUCCCAGCUGGGCGGCGGCACCCUGCAGUUCGCCGUGGGGAUCAGCAUCUUCUACCUGGGCCUGGCGGCAAACUACUACCACGACGACGAGCUCCGCGAGAUCCGGCGCAGGGAGGAGCGCAGGCGCCAAAACGUCGCCAGGGAAAAGGGCGUGCGGCCCGAGACUGUCGAGCGACACUAUGCCAUCCCGCAGGCCGGCUUCUUCAAGCUCGUCCUCUACCCGCACUACUUCCUCGAGUGGUGCGAGUGGUUCGGCUACUGGAUGGCCUGCGGUUGGUCAUGCACCCCGGCAUUGAUGUUCCUGGUCAACGAGGUCUUUUCCAUGCUCCCCAGGGCAGUCAAUGGUCGCAAGUGGUACGAGGAUAGGUUCGGCCCGGAGAAGAUCAAGGGCCGCAAGGCUGUCAUCCCGGGACUGUUGUGA